GGCAAUCCAGCGAAUUUAUUCCUGCAACUUUGGUCGUACCGGUACUGCUGGCCGUGCCUCCAUCUCGCGACUUCGUAUACCGUCGAACAAGAUCUUUCGUAUCGAUUCAACGAAUAUGAUUUAAGUGAGAUUUUUCGUUCUAGUUUGGUGUGUUGAAGUAGAUUUGUUUGGUGCAGUGUUCUUUAGAAAAUAUUUUACAUUGUUUUUCGAGAUUGGAGGCGGAGGUACGACAAAGUACGAUACAAUGGACGGAAGAUCAAGAUAAAGUGCUCCAGAACCAGUCAGGGAUUCAGAAAAAUUCUACGUGAUUAUUUCUUCAUCGGUUAGUUAAUAAAUAGAGAGUUCGGUCAGUUUAGUUUUUUGCUUUCUGAAAAUGGACGCCUGCUAGAAAUUUGGAUUAUAACAAGGGAAAUAUUUAAUUAGUGAAAUCUUUGGCAGAUAUCACCGUCACCAUGGCAAAAAGCCGCAGUCUCUUGAUCAACGCCAUCAAAGUGUACUGGAAAACUCUUUUUGUCAUCAUAUGGCCCUUGGUACUUGUUCCUGUAUUUAUUUUCGAUAACGUAGCAUCUUUACGAUGUCUAUAUGUAGUCCUCCUCAUGGCUGGUUAUUGGGUUUUCGAAGCAUUACCUCUGCCAGUUACAUCGAUGAUACCCAUGGUUUUGUUUCCGUUAAUGGGUGUUCUGGAUUCAGAUAAAGUGUCUUUGUGUUACUUAAAGGAGACAAAUAUGAUGUUCAUAGGUGGUCUAGUGAUCGCCAUAGCUGUGCAACAUUGCCAUUUGCAUAGAAGGGUAGCACUACACGUAAUCAAAAUGGUCGGCUGCAGCCCGAGAAAACUGAACCUAGGCCUGGUCACCGUCACCAUGUUCGUCUCCAUGUGGAUCUCCAACACGGCGGCCACCGCCAUGAUGGUGCCCAUCGUCCAGGCCACCCUCAAGGAGCUGGAGGAGCAGGGCAUCGGCGAGAUGUACGAGAACCCCUUCGCGGACGCAGCGAACCAGUCCGAAAAAAGUCCGAUGAAGGCUCCAGACCGGGAAGAAGAGGGCGAGGAGAUCGAGAAGAGGCCGACCAAGCAGACCAUGUGCUACUUCCUGUCCACUGCUUACGCUGCCUGUAUCGGUGGAAAUGGGUGUCUGAUUGGUAGCGGCACGAAUCUCACCUUUAAAGGCAUCUACGAAAGUCGGUUUGAAGAGAGUCCAGGCGUGGAGUUUGCAAGAUGGAUGUUCCUAAAUGUUCCUCUAAUGUUGAUUAUGAUGUGCCUUACCGUUGCCUGGCUCCAAUUCUGGUUUAUGGGCCUGUUCCGUCCCCAGUCAGAAGACGCCAAGAAAAUCAAAGUAGGAGUUCAAGGAGAACAAGUAGCUAAAAAAGUAAUUUCCAGAAAGCUAGAUGAGAUGGGACCUAUGUCUUUCCACGAAAAAGCUGUAGGAUUGUUAUUUAUCCUCUCAGUUAUGCUCUGGUUCUUUAGGAAACCUCAAUUCAUUGUUGGAUGGGCAGAAUUGAUCACACAGCAUAAAGUAAAAGAUGCCACAGCUGCUCUUAUAGUGGUCUUACUAUUAUUCGUAAUACCCUCCAAACCAGAUUUCAUUCACAUUUUUAAUAGGGAUGAAUCAAAAAGGCCUAAAGUGGCGUCACCUGCCUUGAUCACGUGGACGGUGGUCCACCAGAAACUACCCUGGGGCUUGAUCUUCCUUCUUGGAGGCGGUUUUGCUCUAGCAGAAGCGUCCAAAGCCAGUGGCAUGAGCCAGCUGAUAGCAGAUCAUCUCCAUGGGGUGGCCAUGUUACCCAGAUUCUGGGUGAUGGCGAUUUCGUGCAUGUUUGCUACCUUCCUCACUCAGUUCUCUAGCAAUGUCGCCGUGGCUAAUGUGGUAUUGCCUGUCUUAGCUGAAAUGUCAUUGGUAGCUAAAAUACAUCCAAUGUAUCUUAUGAUGCCGGCUACUCUCGGAUGUUCUUUCUCCUACUGUUUACCAGUUUCAACACCACCAAUGGCCAUUGCAGAAACCGCUUGUAACAUUCCAUCCAAGGAAAUGACUAAAGCUGGACUAGGAGUAGUCGUAGUGUCACUGGGAACCUUGUUCCUCCUCUACCCAUGGCUAGGAGGUUUGAUCUGGGACCUGGACGUAUUCCCUGAUUGGGCGACUAAAUAAAUAGUUCACUAAAGAACCGUUUUAUCAAAUUUAGACUGAUUUUUACAUCUACAUCGUAAACAAUGACAAAGAAACAAGAAAAAUUGUAUUUGAAUUUUUGAAAUAACUGAAACAUACUUUUGGUAUUAUUUGAAAAUAAUGUGAUACGCGGAAAUUUAUUAGAUCUUAAUUUUUUAUACAGGGUGUCAUUAAAAAAUCUUUAAGAAACGCUA